UUUUCGUUACUUAAUUUGGUCCUCCACUUGCAUUAUUUAACCAACUCCAUCCUCUUUUAUUACCUCCACAUUUCUCCCCUUCCCUCUUCACCCUUUCUCUACACCUUGCUCUCGAAGAAACACCACUCACUAACCAUGGCGCCGGUUACAUUAUCCAUUCUCCUCUUCCUCUUCUUCGCCUUGUCGUCCGCCGCGACUUUGAGGACCGACGAUGAGGUGAGGAGAAUGUACACUUCCUGGCAUGCAAAACACGGGAAGACGUACAAUGGAAUCGGAGAGGAAGAGAGGAGGUUUCAGAUCUUCAAGGAUAAUUUGAGGUUUGUUGACGAGCAUAACUCUCAGAAUCGGACGUAUAGGCUUGGACUGAACAGGUUUGCUGAUUUGACUAACGAAGAGUACCGUGCAAUGUAUCUCGGCACCAGGACCGACGCUAAGCGUCGAGUCAUGAAAUCGAAGAUCGCCAGCCAGCGCUACGCUGUCCAUGCCAACGACGAGUUGCCGGAGUCUGUUGAUUGGAGGGAGAAAGGAGCUGUAAAUCCGAUCAAAGAUCAAGGAAGUUGCGGAAGUUGCUGGGCAUUCUCAACGGUGGCUACAGUGGAAGGCAUAAAUCAGAUUGUCACCGGCGAGUUAAUCUCUCUAUCAGAACAAGAGUUGGUUGAUUGUGACAGAUCAUACAAUGCUGGAUGCAAUGGAGGCCUCAUGGACUAUGCUUUCCAGUUCAUAAUUAGAAAUGGUGGCCUGGACACCGAGCAAGACUAUCCCUACCUCGCCGUGGACAGCAAAUGUGAUCUAGACCGGGUGAAUGCUAAGGUUGUUACAAUUGAUGGGUACGAGGAUGUCAUGCCUUUUGAUGAGGAAGCUUUGAAGAAGGCUGUGGCACAUCAGCCUGUGAGCGUUGCCAUAGAGGCCACUGGCAAGGCAUUGCAGCUAUACGAAUCUGGAGUAUUUACUGGGGAAUGUGGGUCGGCUCUAGACCAUGCUGUUGUGGCUGUUGGGUACGGCACAGAGAAAGGUGUGGACUACUGGCUUGUGAGGAACUCAUGGGGAAAAUUCUGGGGUGAGGAGGGAUACAUCAAGAUACAGCGAAAUGUGGUUGACACAUACACAGGCAAGUGUGGCAUUGCAAUGGAGGCUUCUUAUCCUGUUAAGAAUGGACCCAAUCCAACUAGAUCCUACGAGGAUUCUGCAACCACCGAGAAGUUGAUCAGCAGUUCUUGAAGGUGUUUGAUUCUUGAAACCGCUCCUUAUUGCUGUUUGGGUUCCAAGAAAGAAAAUUUGAAGUAUUAUUAUUGUUCAGUUCAACAUGAAAACGGCCCUGUUCUUGAUCUAUGUUAACCAGAGGACUGCAGGACCAUUUAUGUUAUGUUUGGAUAAUUAUUGUUGUACAUAGAUUGCCAUUUAUCAAAAAUUUCACAGCAGCAACUGGAAAACUGAUAUUGUUAUGUAAUUCAAUGUCGCUUCCUUUUUCAAACUUU